AUGCUGUUGACUCUGAGAUCUCGCUUACUCAAUUUCCAAGUCUCCUCAAUGUUUCGUUCCAUUCUUCGUUCUCUCAAAUCCCAUCCACCUUCGCUUUCAUUUGGGACCUCCACUUCUCAGCAACUGAAUUGCUGCCAUGCCUCCUCUGUGAAAGGUCAAAGACCUAUGGCGCUAUCUGAGGCGGUCAAGUUCGUGCAGACCAUCGUUUUUGUGCCUCCCGGAGUCAACCCGGGUGACAUCACCGAUGAUGUGAUCCUACCUGGUUCGAAUAUCAUGCUUGGGCCCUAUGCCAGCGAUGCUAAAAUUAAAGAUGUUGACUUUAUGAAGAGUAGUAACCGGCCCAAGGAUUGUCCCAAAGAUGACCGACCCAAGUUUGCCAUGUUGGAUGCAAGUGUUCCACCUCAGAAGAUAGACCUUGAUAGUGCUAAUUGGCUUGGUCGGAACAAUAUAUCCAUAACUUUUGUUUUUACGAAGUGUGACAAAAUGAAAGGAGGCAAAGGAAGAAGGUCAGAUGAGAACAUCAGAAAUUUUCUAGAGUUGAUCAAAGAAAACUAUCGGUACCAUCCUCCAUGGGAUAAUGACUAG